CCUCCUCUAGGUUUAAUACAAAUCAGUUCCUCAUAGCAGCCCUGUCUGUAUUCAUUGAGUUGCAUUCUUGCGUUUAAAACUUAGAGUUUAACGAAAGCCGCUGUUAAUCAAAGGCAGCGAUUUAUUGUGCAGCUCUCAUACGCACGAAGUGGAAACAUUGACUCUUUUGGGGGACCGAAGGUGAAAAAACACAGACUUUUUUUUUUUUUUCAAUUUAGCGUUCAUCAGUGGAUAAACACAGCAAAGGAAAGGAAAGAAUACAUUAUGCUGUUAAUUGGGGCACUUUGUUGUGUAAUCUCUUAGCUGUAGUGAACAUUGAAAAGAUCACAAAGUGUCUGCAACAUGGAUUCCAUUACAGUGGUGCUUCUGUUGCAGCUUGCAUACAGAAUUGAUAAGGCUUAUGCAGGCAUAGAUCUGCAACCCCAAAGCCUGCAGUGCACCAAUGACUAUUUAAGAGAAAUGUUCUGCACCUGGGAUGCCGGGCUGAAAGUGAACUGCAAUACUAACUAUACUCUACACUACCAGAAGACAGCUGGAUCUAAAAAAGGCGCAUGUUUCCCCCACAACUUCAGAGUCGACCCAGAGAGGGGGGGCUUAUCAGCACAUUGCUUCUGCCGCUUUGCGGUUCCAGGUUUUGAUUCCACUGAUGAAUACGAAGUGGAAAUUUGUUCCGAUGGCAGGGCAGUGUUGAACAGUACCAUCCGCGUUGAUGAAACAAUAAAAACUGCAGCUCCACAUAUCCUUUCAUUUGAGGAAGACGAAGAUAAAAAAGUAACCCUCUUGUGGAACAGCAGGUACUCAAAAAACGAAUCCCUGCAAGAGCUUCUGAUGUUUCAAGUCAUGUACAGAAAGAGAGACAAUCUGACAGAGGAAUCUGAAACAAUAGAGGAACCAGGUGCUGUGAAAUAUAAAAUACCCUGGCUGUCAUUAGAAACUAGAAACCAGUAUAUCUUCAGAGUACGUGCAAAGCUGGAGGUGUUUAAUGCCACUUGGAGUGACUGGAGCCCUGAUGUCAUAAAGCCCAAAGGGAAUCUAAUCUGUUACAAUGACUACAUUGAUGAAAUGGUUUGUGUCUGGAACGCUAGCGUGCAAAUAAACUGCAGUGGGGAGUAUACUCUAUCCUUUACAAGACUGAGACUCCCAUUCAAAAAUGAUUCAUGUGUCCUAAGGAACAUUGGCGCAGGUCCAAACUAUUUAUCCACACACUGCGAAUGCAAAAUGCCCAAACUUGCAGAUGAAUUUGUAAUCAGUGACAUGUACAUUGUAGAAGUCUGGCAUCGAGAGAAUGCUAUACUCCUGUCACACGUCUUUCCAUGUGAAACCAUCAAACCAAGAGCCCCUCACAAUCUUUCUGUCUCGCUGAGUGAAAAUAAUAACUUCAACCUUACUUGGAAAAGAAAUUCAAACAAGCCUUUCUAUGAAAAACUGGAUUUUCAAGUCAGCCUCAGAAAGAAGGAGGAACCAGAUGAGAAAGCGCAACUAAGAAAUGUCUCGGGUGUGUCCCUCGAGAUAAUAAGAAGUUCUUUAGUCCCCGGACAUAGUUAUGUGGUAAAAGUCCGGUCAUUUUCCAAAGAAUAUCACUCCCAGUACAGUGACUGGAGCCCGGAGGUCGAAUGGCAAAACUAUCACAUGGCAGCACUUGACUCAGUGAACAUAGCAAUCCCUAUAGUCUGUGUGUCUGUCCUGGUGGUAAUCAUUUCCUGUUAUCAUUGCACCCGCAUAGCCAAGGUGAAAUUGUGUGAUAAGAUACCUAAUCCAGCAAAAAGUAUCCUGACCUUUCAUUCUGAGAAAUCCCAGUUAUUAUUUCCGGCCAGUGCUUGCCAGGAAACCAUCAGCUCACUGGAGAUCGAAGGAAAGCCCAUAGUAAAGCCAUGGGUACAGUCAUUGAAUCCAAACCUGUGUGAGAAAAGCGCUCCAGAUUUCCAUGGUUUUGAUGACUACGAUCAGACCAGCAUCUUCAUAAAGCAGACGGCUGGAGAACAGCAUCAGGCAGUUGAGACCGCUCCGGAAUAUCAAGGCUGUCCCUUUUCCUGUGACUCUGAUGGGUACUACCCUAGCAGCAUCAACACAUACACCUUAACCCUCAACAGGAGCGAUGAGGGACAGCCGUUGGGCUUUGAAUUAAUGCAGGGUUUCCAAGCAGGUGCUGCGGGCAGCAAUGUGAAAAUAGACACUCACGUCGGCUAUACCAGCGUUGACAAUUGCGCGUCAAUGGAGAGUAAAAGCAACCCAGCUGACCUUGGCAUUGAGGAGCAAGACUCGCCAUCGGCAGGUUUAACCGUUCACGGACGGAGAGAAAGUCAUGUUAAAGAUUGGCGGGGCUCAGAGGAAUCCUUCAAUUCUUCCAAAUCAAGGUAUAAACAUACUUCUUAUUCGUGGGUAUCUGUUAAGCAAGAGAUCGCUUCACACAAAGCAAGCUCUCCGGGUUUGGUUUUAAAUGUAAUCCCUCAUGAGUGUCCACACCUAAACAGAACCGGGCUUAAAUCAAAUGUUUCUGUGAUAUGCUGUGACCUCAGCUACAGGACCCUUGAGAGUCUGGUACAUGAGCCCGCUCCUGAUCAGAGUGCGGAUAAUGCUACCGUGCAGCAGCUUCCAAACCACAAGUCCCAUUUAACGUCUCCAGUCCCACCUGCCUUUCACACAGCCCCUGUGAAGGACUCUGUGCAGUUAUCCGCCCCGGCUGUCAUGAACAUUUAUGAAUACCAGCCGUUCAAAAGCUGCGUGGCCUGUCCUAUCCCAAACCAAAACUCACGGCUGCCCACUUCGGUUUCUUGGCUCGGUGACGGUCUGUCGGUAACGUGUUCUGGUCCGUUGAAUAAAGAGGCCUGGGAACCAGUUAACAGUAGACUGCCAUCACCAGGAACUGUGGAAGUGAUUGAUGGCUACCAGAGUUACGAUGCCCUUGCAGGAAUCAUCCAGAGCGCAUUCAGCAGGGCCCCUGCAGCUGAACACCGGCAGAUUAAGAACUCCACAGAUCACGGGUCGUCUGCUGACAGGCGGGUUUGUUGCGAUCAAGCCUACAAAUCUGUUCAAAGCCUGCUUGAAAUGACUGCGAGAGAGCUGCCUUUCAUCAAAACAAUGGAGCAGGCUGGGAAUGGGGAGGAUAAGGAAGUUGACAGUUAUCCGAUCCUGGACUUCACAGCAUCGAACUCAUGUGUCUCAGAGUACCAGUCCGUACGGAGUACGGUUGCUGAGGGCGACGCUUCACAAGCACCUUCGGAUCCUGGAAAUCCAAGCCGUCCGUGCACAAGAGAGACACAGGAGACCCUGUCAGAGAACUUGAUAAGCACAUCUCCUUCCAGCUUCUCCGCACACACCCCUGCACAUGACAUUAGCAAAACUGUUUCACAUGCAUCCCAUCUUCCAUGUGCUCAUGAGUAUCACAGUGUAACAAACCCAGCAAAGAACACUGCAGAGGAACAUGACGGUUAAAGGUUAACGAGAGCACUGCUGCCAACCACGGUUAAGCUAACAAGAGGUCUUGUGCUGUCAGUCCAUAAUGUUAUGGAUCAUGCUAAUUGGAAAAGAAUAUUUCUUAUUCUGAUUCCGCACCUCCGCACAGUGCUGAAGAAUGUAUGCCAAAUCACAAUCCGAAUCAAAUUCAAUGAAGGGCAAUCCCUAAACACACUUCACCCAGUGAUUUAAAGUAGAAUAAAGUGGCACUGUGCAAGAGAAACCUCAGCCUGGUUGACGUGUAAAUGAGUACUUACCAAUUAACAUUCAAAGUGUGGGUAAAUAGAUAUGUCUUAACUGAUAAAGAUCUGUAUGUCAAGGGUUAUAUCUGCAGCCUUUUUUAUAAUUAGAGAGUAACUAGCUUCAAUAGUCAUUGCAGUUUUUUUUUGUUUUUUUUUUAACGUAUUUGUAAUCAUUCUGGGAUCUGGAAAGGCUGUUCAGUCCCUGGCACUUAGGAUUCUCCGGACGAGCUCAAAGAAAGUUCAGCUACAGGUACAGGCAGAUUUAAAGAAUCGUACCUCAAUCUGGGAGUGGCAGAGCCACUCUGAAUGGUUGUAGACCUGGAAUUCAAAGUGAAAAUGAGCACGCACGGCUGAAAAAGCUGUUUGGUUUUUCAGGUUCAUAUGCAGAUAAUGUCCUGUUGUGCAAUCUUGGCGGGCCCUUGUCAGCUGAGCAUAUCGCACUCACGCACUCAUCCUGUAUCUUUUAGAAACAGCUGCCUGUGGAUUUGCAUGAGAUAGAGGUGUGUGUUUACUGUAAUUCUUCAUUGUGCUCUCAACCUGCUAUGAUCCUGUGUACUGGGAAAGUGUUGGAGGGGAUCAUAAAACUAGCAACGUCACAGAAUUUAAAAUUUAAAAACGUCACAGUUCAGAAGGUUUUGUUUACUAGUGUUGCAACGCCUUUACACUACGUCUGUACGCAACAACAAUAUCACACUUCAAACCAGACAUCUCCCUGUACACAAACCUGGUAGCCAAUAUUGCUGACGUUUUUGCUUGCCAAUAUAUAUAUAUAUAUAUAUAUAUAUAUAUAUAUAUAUAUAUAUAUAUAUAUAUAUAUAGUUUUUUGUUUUUUUUCUUAACAUUUGUAUAUUUAUUUGUGUUUUAUACUCUUUUUGGGGUGACGUCUCUUUGGCCUGCCAGUUUUAAUGGAUAUCUUUAGGACAUUAUUAUGUCAGGUAGAAUAACGCAAGACUACCAUGCUUGUACAAUAUUGUUAAUUUGCCAUUAUUACAUGUUUUAUAAAUAAUUAGUUAGGCCACGCCGACAGUGAAUUGUCUGCAUAAUAUUUUUUUCCUGCACAAGGACUGUUUUCAAUAUUUGUUCAUGUGUCAUCGACAGUGAAAGAAAGAAGGAGGGACUGUACUACCAAAUACAACAUUUCAUCAAUAAAUAGAAAGCUCAGUGGCAAUCAUGCAAUUUUUGUAUCCUUUCAUAAACAGCGACGGUGUUUACAUGGACAAGUCAUGACAGUUUUCCUCACGAUGUUUUGGCCGUACUGCUCAGGAAUUGCAUUUCCAUGUAGUUAUGAUUUAGGAUGACAAUCAGGCCGUGACAAUGCACAUUACUGCAGUCAUUGCGAUUCAGGGGAGGGGUUAUUCAAAUAUCCCUGUCUGCAUACUAAUUAGGGAAAGGACGACUUUUAAGAUCGUGAGGAGAGCUUGCAUGCGUUGCUAUAAAGAUAAAAACAUUUAACAAGAUACACAAAUUCAGGUGUUGUCGCGCACAUUCUGAAUUAUGCAGUGCAUCAGCUACUUGUUUGUCUGGUUACCUUUCCAACGCACACACACACACACGCA